UUGAUAGGUCGGGUACGUAAACAGCCGGUUUUCAUAUGACAGACUUGUAUCAAUGAGGAAACAUGGUUGGAACUAAUACCUUCGUGUCGGCAUGCGUGCUGGUCACCAUUCUAUGUGUCUCCAAUGUGGAUGCAGCCUUCAAGUGUUACGAAUGCACAGGAACUUCGAGUAGUGACGGCUGUUUGGACGCGUUCACAAAAAGUACCAUUUUGGAAAGUGCAGUCACAUGCAUGGGCUGCACCAAGAUAAAGAUUAAUGGCGUCGUUUCAAGAGAAUGUUCUUCGAGUGCUGUUGGCAACUGGUGCACGGUGUCGGGAGAUACUGCCCUCUGUUACUGUGAAAGCGAGCUCUGCAACGGAUCCAUUACACUCGUGUUUUCCAUGACAACGUUGCUGUGCGCCGCGCUCGCCGUCGUCAUCUCCAAGUUUUAAUAUUCGGAAGUCUCACGUCUGUCAAAAAACAUCUUUCUGCAUUCACUAAUCUUUUUUGGUACAUGUGACAACAUGUACCCUAUUUUAACCUUUAAGAAAUAAGAUUAAAUCUAAAAAUUUCAUACAUUUAAAUGUAGAUCUCUUUUAAAUUGUUUUAAGUGAUAAAUGAUCAAUGAUUUAAUAAAUACAGUUUUACCUGUAUUGGUGAUACCAAUAAAACAAUAUUGAUUGAUUCAAGUGCUGAAAAACCUUCAAGUAAAACCUACUGGAAUAUAUAGUAAUAUAUACUGGAAGUAUGUGCACUGUUUUGUUUUUUAAAAUAACCAGAGAUUCUUAUAUGCAAUUUUUACAUACUAUAAUUAUAUAUAGAAUCUUAGGAACUCAAUACCUGCUAUACAAAUGAAAAUUGUUGAUGAUCAUUCACAUUUUGUAAUAAAUAUAAGAAAACUUUAACUCAUCCUUUCUGGGAUUCUGAGCACAUUAAAACAAUUGUUAAACAUUUUACAAAUUAAUAUAAAUAAUGUCAAUUUGCCUACACUCUCUUCCAGAGCAUGAUGUUUUGAAAAUGAAACAUAUCUAUAUAUUAAUAAUCGAAACUAAAAGAACGAUGUAAAUGUGUAAACAAAUCCCGAAUGUUCAAUGAAUUAAAGUAACAUAACUACUCAAAAUCAACGAAAAUUUCGUACAAUAUUUCGUAAAAUAAAGCUAAAAAAUUAAAAAUCAUUUUUCCUUAUGGCCAUUGUCGAAAUUUCAACACCAGAUGUGGUCUGGUAAAAUAGAUGUUUGUGGAUACAAAACGUUCGUUUGUAUUCUGGUUUUGACAUGGUACCAUUUUAGUGUUCGUGUGUCGUAUCAAUAGAUGUAUUCGCAGGAAAUUGACAUGGAAUUUAUUGUGGUCACAAAUUAAUAAAAAAAACAUUUUGUAUCUACAAAAAUCUAUGUAAUCAUACAACAUCUAUCGUUGAAAUUGUGGCUAUUGCUAUGAGGAACACUGAUUGUUUAGGUGUUAAUUUUAUUUUACUAAAUACUGUACGAAAUUUUCGUUGAUUUUGAGCGUUAUAGAGACUUUAAGAGAAGUCUACUAUUAUCAUGCAAAAUCCAAGACUAAACAAAUUAGCGAAUUCGCCAAAUGGUCAGUUUUAAGAAUAUUCGUACAAUGAACCAAAGCCAAUAUAAUUCUUUGUUACAAAAUAUGUAUAAAAAAAUAUAUACAAUUAAGGUAUACUGGUGUCAUGCGUAUUAUUUUUCUCUCCUUUUUUAAAAUUACAUUUUUGCACUCGCAAUAUUAUUCUUAAUUAACCUACUGGAUCGUUAAAAAUGAUAUUUGUUAAGCGUGCUCAUAAUUGUAUUAUAUAUUAUACAAUGAAUUAUUAUGGUAUGAAUUUAACAAUGUCGUUAUAUAUAAAUUAC